AUGGCACCCAAGACCAAGAAGCAGGGAGCCUACGUUGAGGUUGGUGCUGGAGGCCCGCUCAACGCAAUCAUGGCAGGCGGCACGAAGGGCGCCAAGCGCGAUGCCGGCGAGAAGCCGGCCGCCAAGGAGCCUUCCAAGAAGGCGAAGAAGGAGCCUGAGGCGGCGGCGCGCGGCGGCGAUGUCGAGAUGACAGAUGAGGAUGUGAUCGUCGGCUCCGGCCGCCAGGCCGCACAGAACAUCAGCUACAAGGACAAGCGGGUGAAGCUGGAGAGCAAGGAGGAUCGGCUGGUGGUGAAGGAGGAUGUGGUGUGCGAGGGCGAGCAGGAGGCGCUGAAGGAGACCGAGGCCGGCUCCGGCUGGAGCAACAAGCUGCGCCGCCUGGGCGACUUCUCUGUGUGCGACGAGGCGGGCAUUGUGGAGCCUGUGGAGAGCGUGGAGUACUGCCAGGGCAAGCUGUUCCUGUCGGGCGUGGUGUAUCCCAAGGAGGGCGCCACCACCAAGGAGACGGGGAGGCGCUGCGAGCGCUUUGGCCCCCUUGAAUCCUUCUCCCUCGACUUCUCUGACAAGAAGGGCGUGCAGGUGGUGGCCUGCACCAAGGAGGGGCAGUACCUGCUGAUGCGCCCCGCCGCCGCCUACAAGAAGGUGCACCAGGCGCUGAGCCCGCAGCUGGGCGGCUCCGCGUUUGCCAGCCUGGAGGAGAUUGUGGCCCGCCUGGCUCGCGCCAAGGUGUGCAAGGGCUACCCCAGCGCCCGGGAGGGCCUGCUGGUCAACGCCCGCUUCCUGCUGGCUCAGUUUGAGAGGCUGGAUGCCGCCUCGGGCCACAAGGCGCUCAAGUAUCUGGACACCGACUUUUGA